UGCAGCGCUUGAUGUCAACAAAACAUGGCCGGAUUACACAGCUGCUCUCUGUAGGAGACACUCAAGGUGGACACGUCUGUCCGGGCUGUCACACGAGAGGGUUCCGUCGGUCCAUCUCCGUGUGUGUAAUAAACGCGGCUUGUCGCGUGACGACGGGAUUAUAAUGCACAAGCUCGCGAAGGCGGCGCUGGCCUUCCACGGACUCGGCCGGUGUUCAGUUACAGAGAAGCGCGUGUCUGCGGCAAACAUCCUCCGACGAGGACUCGUGUGCGCAGAGCACGGGGACGAUGGCGGCAGGAGUGAGGUGUAUGAUGUUAUUAUAUCCGGGGGAGGGAUGGUUGGAUCUGCGAUGGCGUGUUCCCUGGGCAUGGAUACCCACUUGUUGGGUAAGAAGAUUCUGCUGCUUGAAGCGGGCAACAAGAAGGUGAUGGACAAGGUCCCAGACACCUACAGCACCAGAGUCAGCUCCAUCGGCCCUGGUUCUGUCAGCCUCCUCAGCGGUAUUGGAGCAUGGCAGCACAUUUCAAAGAUGAGAUGCAAGCCGUAUCAAAGAAUGCAGGUUUGGGACGCCUGCUCUGAUGCCCUGAUCACAUUCGAUAAGGAGAACCUGCAGGACGAGAUGGCCUACAUCGUUGAGAACGACAUCGUCGUGGCCGCGCUCACCAAACAGCUGGAUGGUCUGUCCGAUAAUGUGCAAGUUAAGUACAGGUCCAAGGUGGUGAAGUACACGUGGCCAAUGCCCCACCAGGCAGCAGACUCCGUCCCAUGGGUCCAAGUCACGUUGGCCAGCGGAGAGACUCUUCAGACAAAGCUGCUGAUUGGUGCCGAUGGACCAAACUCGAUGGUGAGGAGGGAACUGGGGAUACCCACAGUCAAGUGGAAUUAUGACCAGUCUGCUGUUGUUGCUGUGCUGCAUCUAUCAGAACCCACGGAGAACAAUGUCGCAUGGCAGAGGUUCCUCCCAACUGGACCCAUUGCGAUGUUGCCGGUAAUUUAUCUGUCGGACACUGAGAGCUCUCUGGUGUGGUCGACCAGCCAUCGGCUCGCUGAGGAGCUCCUGGGGCUGGAUGAGGAGAGCUUUGUUGACGCCAUAAACUCCGCCUUUUGGAAUAACGAAAACCAGUCGGAGCUGAUUGAGACGGCUGGCUCGCUUUUCCGUGGCGCCCUGUCAGCCGUCAUGCCAUCUGCAGGUUCACCUCGACAGCUCCCUCCAAGUGUGGCUGGGAUCGGCCCAAAGACCCGGGUCAUGUUCCCUCUGGGGAUGGGUCACGCAUCGGAGUACAUAAGGCACAGAGCGGCUCUGAUUGGGGAUGCAGCCCAUCGUGUCCAUCCCCUGGCGGGUCAGGGAGCCAACCUGGGCUUUGGGGAUGUGGCUUGCCUCACGCGGCUCCUGAGCCAGGCGGCCUUUAACGGGAAGGACCUGGGAGCGAUCCAGCACUUAUUAGAAUAUGAAACCGAACGCCAGCGACACAACCUGCCCAUGAUGGCUGCCAUCGACCUCAUGAAACGCCUUUACUCCACUAACUCUGCCCCUGCGGUUCUCCUACGCACCUUCGGUCUGCAGGCGACCAACAUGCUCCCAGCUUUGAAGGAGCAGAUCAUGGCAUUUGCAAGCAAGUGAUGCGUUCGCCAGGCACUGGACGAUUAUGGAUCUCCCAAGGCUGUGAGCUAUAAAAGUGUGACUGUAAAAAAAACUAAAAUAAUAAAGAUUUAUUUUACUCUA